CUUGUCUGUUGCCAAUGUGUUCACAACGGUGCUCCCUCCAUAGGGCUUUUUAACUCUUCUCUCCUUUUUUGUUUUAACUAGUAUGGAAAGUAGACAACAAUGGCUUACCAGACUGAAAAAUGAACUUAGCAACAGCCCUCUGGCGUCAAAUGUGGCUUUUGGCUUUAUCCUCAUGGGACUGGAGAAGUUGGUGGAGCUCGAGUUUGAGUGUCCUUGUAACCCUACAUGGAACGGAGUGUUUUCCUCAGCGUUCUUCAUCAUUCCUGCCGUCAUGGCCUUCACUCUCAUGCUGAUCAUCCAGGGGUGCAGGUGUGAUACUUGGUGCAGGAAAUCGGUGUCCUUAUCCAGCUUUGUUCCUGCGAUCGUGUGGCUGAUCUUGUUGUUCCUAGACGGCCAGUACUUUGCAUGUGCAAUGACAGACUGGAAGGGGAGAUUUGUCCUCGUUGACAAAGCGGCGCCGCAGAAAUGGUGCGAGCCGACUAGCGAGGGAGACGUCCCACCGCAAGAACUCAUGCUGCGCUCACAGCAGCUUUUUGUCGUGUCUCAGGUUAUAGGUAUAUUUCUGCUCAUAUUCAUUUGUGUGGGACUGGUAGUGUAUGUGGUCAGAGAGAGCUGCCACCAGGAAGCAGAGCAGCAGGAGAGCAAUGUAGCGGAGCUCAGGAUGCUCACGGUGAGCUCUUUACGGACCCGGACGUAGUGAAAGGAGAGACACCUCCCACACACCUUCCUGCCUCUGGUUCUCACAACGGUAUCUCAGACACUUCCCACUAUCUCAGUGCCAAAAAUGGCUACAAUGUAUUCAAAAUAGAAAAUAUGGUGACAUUUCGGUCGAACGUAGCCUUCAUCAGACCUGCCCUGGCCUUGGCUCCAGCUAUCAACACAAGAACAUGUCUUGUCUCUGGUCUUAUUGGUGUGUGGACACUUUUUAAAUGAGCUAUAGGAAUUACAUAGUACUCCUUGUAAAUAGAUGUUGUGUUUUUCGUACUCUGAAUUCUUUCUGUUUCUUUGUUUCUUUUUAUAUAUUGUAUUGUUUUAAAAUGUUAAAGAGUCACAGGGCUGCCUAGAGAGAAAUGUUAUUAUGCUUUGAUGUAUUUUACUUUUACCAUUGAAACCUCUUUUUAAUGCAUUUCUAAUUAUUUCUGUAAAAUAUUUGUGGAUUUGUACCAGAUCUAAAUCCAGGUGUCAUGUCGAUGAAUCAUGUUGCAGAAGAGGUUCUGUAUAGUUUCAUAUCCAUCUGCCUCUUAAACUGUCUUACUUUUUUCGCCUGGCUCAGCAGCAAGCCUUUUCUGACUGGCACCCUCCUCUAAUUGAGACGCCUACUCAGAUUUUUCAAGACACCUGCCAAGACUCAGCCCAGACGAGCGGGCCGCUUACAUUAUGAUUAUCUGACGGAUGUUCAGGAGGCAAGAGAAGGAACCUUAAACAUUUUUUUUUCUGUUUUUGAGAGUGAGCAUUUAGGUUUUAGCUGGCACAAAUUAUACAGAAUAACGAAUUUGAUGGCCAUAACAUAAUUUGUUUGUGUAAUGCCUUUUUGUAAUAAAGAAAUUAUUU